UAUUUGUCAUCUUUCCAAGAAAACAAAAGGAAAAUACUUGGAAAACGAAGAAAGAGAACGACGAUUUUCCGACCGUAGUCUUGAUUAUUCAGGAGGGAGCCCGCCCUUUUGAAGAUGGUCGCAGACUAAAACGAGGACAAGCGAAGGGGAUGUGGUGGAUGCAAUGGCUGCUCUCGCUUCUGUGAUUGGCGUCGUUCAUCCUUCCAUGGUUUCUUCUGUCUGUGAUGAAAUUGGUGUUCAUGGAGGGCCUAGGAACGGUGGCUCUGGAGCUUUUCCUGUCACUUCCAAGUCUGCGACGAGAAGGAAGAUGAUCGUUGGGUCGCUCAGGGGAGUUCUGACCAAUCAUCCAACGCGCCCUUUAUCGAAAUUGUCUCCAGAAGAAUCCCGAGGGGAAGGAGGAAAUUGGUACGCACCGCGUCUUGAUCAUGAGCAUAGUCACAUAGAUGACAAUCAUGAGUUGGAGGAUCAGUUGGAUGCAUUCUUCAAAGAAGUCAAAACGCAGUUUGAAUUGGGUAAUGAAGAUGUGGCAGUAAUGCUGCUUGAAGCAAACCAUGAAAGAGUAAAAGAAGAUUUAGAUUCAGGGGUUCGAGGUAUCGAACAAGCAGCUAUUCUUGAUGUUAUAGCUUUGGCCUACAUGGGUAUUGGGCAUUUCAGUACUUCAAUGCAUGUACUGGAGCAGUUACAUGAAAUGGUGGACUCCUUAGAAAUUGAGAAACAGCCUUUGGAUUCGAUACUGAUACACAUGGGUGGCAUGUAUGCAAAGAUGGGUAUGCCAGAAAUGGCAUUACCACUCUAUCAGAGAGCCCUGAAAAUAGAAGAGUGUCUUUUUGGAAAACAAAGUCUAUUUCUUGUCUCACCACUUCUGGGAAUUGCAAGGGCCUUUGCUUCCAGCGGAAGGGCUAAGGAAGGGAUCAAAACCUUUCAUGAAGUGAUACAUUUAUAUGAAAGAAGUAAAGGUGGUGAUGAUGAAGACCUUGUCUUCCCUUUGUCCAGUCUUGGUAAUCUUUUAGUUAGUGAAGGCAAGAUUGAGGAAGCAGAGAACUGUUUUAGCAGAAUAAUAAGCAUUUACAGAAAGUUGUAUGGAGAAAAUGAUGGAAGAACUGGAAUGGCUCUGUGUUCUUUAGCUCAUGCAAUGUGUGGCAAAGGAGAUGUAAAAGAAGCAAUUCGUCUAUACAAGAAGGGCCUUCGGAUUAUAAAAGAAACUGAAUUUUUGUCUGUAGACGACAGUGUGCUUGAGCAAAUGAUGAUUGACCUAGCUGAGUUGCUUCAUGUUGCUGGAAGUGAACAAGAGGGUCGGGCAAUUUUGGAGGAGUGCUUGCUAGCAACAGAGAAGAUUAAAGGUCAUGGCCAUCCCAAUUCUGUAAUGCACCUUCUGAAUCUUGCUGCCUCUUAUUCACGCUCCAAGAAUUUUGUGGAGGCCGAGAGACUACUCAGAAGCAGCAUCAGGAUAUUGGUGGAUGCUGUCGGUGUAGCCCAUCCAUCAGUAGCUGUUCCCAUGUUGGACCUCUCUGUUGCAUUGUACCACUUGCACAAGAACGAGGAAGCAGAAACUGUUGCUUUGCAGGCUCUAAGUAUUCGAGAAGAGGCAUAUGGACGUCAAUCCCUUCUAGUUGGGGAGGUACUUGAUUGUUUGGCCAGUAUCUGGAGUAGAUUAGGCAAAGAUGACGAGGUGGGUUCCACGUUGUGGCGGGUGUUGGAUAUCCAAGAGAAGGAAUUUGGCACCGAGAGUGAAGAGGUGAUGAAUACACUAAAGAAACUUGUUUUCUAUCUUGGAAAAGUAGGGAAGAAGGAUGAAAGACUGCCUCUUCAGCAGAGACUGAUGAAACUGAGACGCAAGUACAAAGACUUGAUCAUCCCUACCUGAAGCACUCAUUGAAUAAUUCCAUUGCAAAUUCAAGAACGGUCUACCAGCCAUGGAUGUUUGAAGGAAGCAAACGAUUUCGAUUGCUGUGGAUUUAAGAAAGGUGAACAGACUGCCACAGAACAAUGAUGAGCUCGUGUAGGACAAACCAGCUUUAUUUUGCUGCUUGGAUAUUCUUAACAACAAGCAAAAACGCUUCUGUGAUAAGUGUCUUUUCUUUCAUUUUUUUUUUUUUUUUUGGAAUCUUCUACAAGCAAUUUAACAUGAAGUUGUUAAUGGUACCAGCAACCUGGUGGAAUUUUGACAGACGAACUAUGUAACGAAACAUCUGAAAAUUUUGUAUUUACUCACUAUACUUGUUAA